CUUAUCCUUCUUCUCGUUGCAUACUGGAAACACACUAUUUAGCCACUGGAUUUCUCUAUUUUUCCUUGGGGGUUGAGAGAAUAUGGAGAGUUCUCUUGAGCUUUUGUUGGUGCUCAUUGCAACUAUGGCCAUCAUUCAUAUUGUUCAAGCUCAAGACCAAGAAGGGUUCAUCAGUUUGGAUUGCGGGCUACCUGCAAACGAACAGUCCCCUUAUUAUCAGACUUUUACCGGGCUGCGCUUCUAUUCCGACGCAACAUUCAUCCAAAGUGGAAAAACUGGUAGAAUCCAAACGAAUAUGGAGAAGACAUUGUCGAAGCCAUACAAAACGGUGAGAUAUUUUCCAGAUGGGAUAAAGAACUGCUACAAUCUGAAUGUUACAAAGGGGCGUCGAUAUUUGAUCAGAGCUUCAUUUGCAUAUGGAAAUUACGAUGGUCGUGACAUUAAACCGGUGUUCGAUGUUUAUCUUGGACCUAAUCUAUGGGUAACGAUAGAUUUUGAAACACAGGUGAACAGUCAACAGACAGAUAUUAUACACAUCGCAACAUCAAACUCGCUGCAGAUUUGUCUUGUUAAGACUACCGAAACUACACCGGUAAUAUCUGCCUUGGAAUUACGGCCCAUGGGAAAUAAUUCUUAUAUCACUAAAUCUGGCUCCCUGAAAGGCUACGGCCGAUAUCUUAGCAAGUCAGGACCUCUGCUACGGUACUCGAGCGAUAUCUAUGAUCGCCUAUGGAAUUCGUACUUUAAGAUGGAAUGGACCGAGAUUUCCACCGCACUCGACGUGGACAAUUCCAACAACUACAAGCCACCGAAAGCCGCACUCAAAACUGCUGGCACGCCUACGAAUACCAGAGCGCCAUUGACGAUUGAAUGGAGUUCAGAAAAUCCUGAUGAUCAAUAUUACUUGUACACGCACUUUGCUGAGAUCCAAGAGUUGCAGGCAAAUGAAACCAGGGAAUUCAAUAUCCUUUUCAACGGAGAACUUUAUUAUGGCCCUCUAGUUCCAGACAAGCUAAAAAUAACUACUAUCAAAAGCCAGUCACCGAAAACUUGCGAUGGAGGGAAAUGCAGUUUACAGCUGAUAAGAACCAACAUAUCAACUCUCCCACCUCUACUUAAUGCUUUUGAAGUCUUCAGAGUUAUUCAGUUUCCACAGUCCGAAACAGAUGGAAGCGACGUGGUUGCUAUAAAGAGUAUCAAAGACACCUAUGCAUUGAGUAGAAUCAACUGGCAAGGUGAUCCAUGCGUCCCUCAACAGCUUAGGUGGGACGGUUUAAACUGCAGCAACACGGAUACGUCCAUGCCACCAAGAAUCACUGCUUUAGACUUGUCUUCUAGUGGUUUAACUGGAACCAUAGCAGCUGCCAUUCAGAAUCUUACCCAAUUAGAAAAUCUGGACUUGUCGAAUAACAACUUGACUGGAGGGGUGCCGGAGUUUCUAAACAAUAUGAAAUCGUUGUUGGUCAUAAACUUAAGCGGGAACGAUCUUAAUGGUUCAAUUCCUCAAGCUCUUCAAAGGGAAGGACUAGAGCUAGUUGUUGAAGGAAACCCAAGGCUUUGUCUCUCUGGUUCAUGUAGAAAACCAUCUAAGAAGAAAGUUCUUGUGCCAAUUGUUGCAUCAGUUGUUUCUGCAGCCAUUUUCAUUGCGGUAUUGGUUCUGUCUCUUGUACUCAGAAAGAAAAAGUCAACGACUGUUGAAGGUCUACAACUGCCACCGAGGACGCCAAUGGACACAUUUGCUAAUUCGCCUGAACCUUCAUUUGAUCAGAAAAGCAGAAGGUUCACGUAUUCAGAGGUUAUCAAAAUGACAAAUAACUUCCAAAGAGUUUUAGGUAAAGGAGGGUUCGGCUACGUGUAUCACGGUACUGUGAAUAGUUUCGAACAGGUGGCAGUUAAAGUACUCUCACAAUUUUCAACUCAGGGCUAUAAACAAUUCAAAGCAGAGGUUGAUCUUCUCCUUAGAGUUCACCAUACAAAUUUGGUGAGCCUCGUCGGGUAUUGUUAUGAAGGAGAUCACUUGGCCCUCAUCUACGAGUUUCUGCCUAACGGAAACUUAAAAGAACAUUUGGCAGGAAAAGGAGGUAAAUCCAUCAUUAACUGGGGUAUUCGACUACGAAUAGCCUUGGAGGCCGCGCAAGGAUUGGAGUACUUACAUAGUGGAUGCACACCGCCUAUGGUUCAUAGAGAUGUCAAAACUGCCAACAUAUUGCUGGACGAGAAUUUCAAGGCCAAACUCGCCGAUUUUGGGCUCUCAAGAUCUUUCCAAUUUGGUGGAGAAUCUCACGAGUCAACGGUCAUCGCUGGUACUCCUGGAUACCUUGAUCCCGAAUACUACAAUUCAGGUCGGUUGGGUGAGAAGAGUGAUGUCUACAGCUUCGGGAUCGUGUUAUUGGAGAUGAUCACAAACCAACCUGUGAUCUCUGAAAAGUCUCACAUUACACAAUGGGUUGGUUAUAAGCUUAACCGAGGUGAUAUAAAUGGGAUCAUGGAUCUAAACCUUUGCGAGGUUUAUGACACUAAUUCUGCAUGGAGAACUCUUGAGCUGGCCAUGUCAUGCGCGGAUCCUUAUUCAGCAAACCGACCAACCAUGUCCCAUGUUAUUCACGAGCUAAAAGAGUGUCUUGCGUGUGAAAACUCGAGGAUAAGUAAGAUUGGAGGCUUGGGAACCCAAGAGGGAACCCAAGAGAUGAACAUUAGCUUGGACACUUCUGUGUUUCCUGGGGCAAGAUAGUUUGUGGAGCAACCGAUCACGACCGUGUCAUUCCUUACGCUUAUGUUUUAUGUGCUUAAGAUGUGCUUGUGGUACCAACAUAUAUAAUAUGGAACUUCAACUAUGGAAGUAUUGCUUUGCACUAUUUUUAAUGAUUGAAAUUUUCUGAAGAGU